AUGACGGCGGUUGUGGAGGUUAGAGAAUACGACCCGAGCAAGGACUUAGCUACCGUGGAAGACGUUGAACGGCGGUGCGAAGUUGGUCCGACCGGAAAACUCUCUCUCUUCACGGAUCUCUUAGGUGACCCGAUUUGCCGUGUCCGACAUUCACCUUCUUACCUCAUGCUGGUGGCUGAGAUUGCUACAGAGGAUAAGAAAGAGUUAGUUGGAAUGAUUCGAGGAUGUAUCAAAACCGUUACAUGUGGUAGCAAAACACUCGAUGUUACUACCAAACCACUUUACACUAAACUCGCAUACGUUUUGGGCCUCCGCGUUUCUCCUACUCACAGGAGGCUAGGAAUAGGGUUUCAGCUCGUGAAGGAAAUAGAAAAAUGGUUUAAUCAAAACGGUGCAGAAUAUUCCUACAUUGCUACUGAAAACGACAAUCACGCUUCCGUUAAUCUUUUCACCGGAAAAUGUGGUUACACUAAGUUUCGUACCCCGUCCAUUUUGGUCAACCCGGUUUACGCACACCGGGUCAACAUUUCUAAUCAGGUUACGGUUCUCAAGCUUGAACCGUCGGAUGCUGAGACACUAUACCGGCUAAAAUUUAGCACAACCGAGUUUUUUCCUCGAGACAUCGACUCUGUUCUUAAUAACAAACUCUCGCUUGGAACAUUCAUUGCUGUUCCACGUGACAGCUGUUACGGGUCCGGGUUAGGGUCAUGGCCUGGUUCAGCUAAGUUUCUCGAGUACCCACCUGAUUCUUGGGCGGUUUUAAGCGUGUGGAACUGUAAAGACUCGUUUAGGUUAGAAGUUCGUGGUGCAUCAAGACUACGACGUGUGUUGGCCAAAACAACGCGUUUGGUGGAUAAAACGCUACCGUUUUUCAAAAUUCCGUCUAUUCCAGCGAUUUUUCAGCCAUUUGGACUGCAUUUUAUGUAUGGCAUUGGUGGUGAAGGACCAUGCGUGGAGAAAAUGGUGAAAGCGUUGUGCGGCCACGCGCAUAACCUGGCGAAAGAAGGAGGAUGUGGUGUCGUGGCGGCGGAAGUGGCCGUAGGAGAGCCGGUCCGGAGAGGGAUACCACAUUGGAAGGUGCUAUCAUGCGAUGAGGACUUGUGGUGUAUUAAACGGCUUGGGGACGAUUAUAGUGACGGUUCUGUUGGUGACUGGACUAACUCUCCACCUGGCAAUUCCAUUUUUGUUGACCCUAGAGAAUUUUGAUUUGUC